AUGAAGAAUUUUUCUGUACAAUAUUUACUUUCACAUAAUGAUAUUAAAAAAGAUAUACCGCCGGUAGUACCAAUACCAAUUACAUCAAGUACAGUAAAUGCUAAUUCAUCAGAUGAUGUUGAAGAUGAUAAUCAUUCAUCUGUUUCAUCAUCUUAUUAUGAUUCAUCAAAUGAUGAUGAAGAUGAUGAAGAACAACAAACAUCAAAUAGAAAUCCUCUUAAUAGUAGUACAACAUCAGAAGAUAGCGAAGCAUCAAAAUAUCUUCAACAAGAACAUAUACAUCAUCAUGAAACAUCAAAAAGACGUAAAAGACGAGUUCUAUUUACUAAACAACAAACAUUUGAACUUGAACGACGUUUUCGACAACAACGCUAUUUAUCUGCACCAGAACGGGAACAUUUAGCUAGUGCAAUUAAUUUAUCAGCUACUCAAGUUAAAAUUUGGUUUCAAAAUCAUCGUUAUAAAAUGAAACGUUCACGUCCCGACAAAAGUAAGAUUAUGAUCAUUUUUAUUUAUUUUUCUAUUAAGUUUCUUAUGAAAGGUUUACUUGAUACAACAAUAUCUACACCUCGACGUGUAGCAGUUCCAGUACUUAUUCGAAAUGGUCGACCAUGUCAUCAACAACGUUUUUCUCUCCCAUCAUCAUCAACAUCAACAGCAGCCGUUUCUAGUCAACGCCUUCAUGGUCAGUCAAUAACAAGCAGUAACAGCUCAUUAGUCGAAGCAUCAUUAUCAUGCAAGAAUGAUACUCCUCCCAAUAUACUAUUUAAUGACAGGCAACAUAUGAAAUGUGACAAUAUUGAUUUAUUCCAACAGUUUAUUCUUUCACAAUGGGCACUUUCAAAAAAAUUAUUUUUUCCAACAAGCUAG